CCAACUAACAUACAUAUGAAAGAAGCAUAUGCCAUGAACAUGAGUACUGUGACCAUGCUGUGGGUAGAAAAAGCAUGCAUCCUUGCGGAGCAGCCUCCCUUCGAGGCCACCAUGAGAGUUUUUGGUGUGCCAUUACUGUGCGGGGCUUUGCUCUCCUACUUGAGGACUGUGAAGUCAUCCCUCAUCGCAUUUCCAUCCGCUGUUAUUCCACUAAGCGGUCUAUUCGAUAACCAGGCUGCUUCGCUAGAUGGCACCACAGGCAACUUCGAUGGGAAUGGCGCGACGUAUGCGGCGGAGUACCUGCCUGAGGGUCCUUGGUUAUAUAAUGGAAUUUCAUAUGACCUACCAUCGACUUGGGGACACAGCCAAGACAACGUCAUUGCUGAAGGACAAGUUGUGAAACUUUCGAACGCAACUUAUGUUCAUGAGCUACACAUCGUAUAUGCAGGGGAUAGUUCGGGUAACGGCUUAAGUGGAACGUUGAAUCUGACCUACGCGGAUAGCUCAGUCAAAUACUUGCAAUUCACUGGAAAAGACUGGUGGAAAUGGCCUAUUCUCAACUGGGGAGAUAUUCGAACACCAUAUCAUUUCGAAGAAUAUUCAUCCAGCAAAAACUGGAAUUCAAGCCACAUCUUCCAGAUAUCGCUGUCCGUCCCCUCUCGUGCGCCGCUUGAGAGCAUCACGCUCCCAGAAACGUCUUCUACCUCAGACAGACUCCAUAUAUUCGCACUCUCUAUGACACCUUCUUUUGAACCUGCAACUGGCCCUCUAACACCCCAGCUCUCCGUUCGCAAUGCCCAAUUCAGCACGAGGUGGGAGGACGUCAACGGCCAGCGGGCACAAGCCAUCGCCAUCACCCUUGCGAAUCUACUCCCAGGGAGCUACGCGACAUCCAUGAACGCAUCCAUAGACUCACGGUAUGAGAUCUCAGUAGCAGGAGAGGGCGUCUCCACAGUCACACCUGGCUUGGUGUACCGCUUGGUCCCAGCAGACCAGGCUCGUGUAGACGUCCUUGUUCUCAACAACAACGGGACGGGAAAUGCAACAGUCACGGUCAAAGAUGAAUUUGGAAAUGUCGUCGGGAUGUCCGAUGGCUGGCCCAUCGUCCCGCUGCGGACCGAAUGGACAGCAGACGCUGAUGUCCUGACCACACAUGAGACUCCUAAUUGGUGGAACCAGGCGAAGUAUGGAAUCUUCAUCCACUGGGGCAUUUUCAGUGUCCCUGCUUGGGGCCCGCCUGGCUCAUACGCGGAGUGGUAUAAUUGGCAUCUCCAUAAUCCUCCGAACUCCAGCUCACCGACGUGGGUACAUCACCUGGACACUUAUGGGAAGGACGUCGUAUAUGACGACUUCAUUGCUAAUUUCACGGCAUCUACUUGGAAUCCCAGUGCUUGGUUAGAUCUGUUCACCGAAGCUGGGGCAAAGUACUUUGUCAUCGUAACUAAACAUCAUGACGGUUAUGCACUGUUUGAUACAAAAAAUACCACUCAUAGAAGUAGUGUAUACCUAAACCCACAUCGUGACUUUGUCAAAGAGCUCAUGGACACCGCCAAAUCCGAUUAUCCCGAUAUUCAUCGUGGAACAUACUACUCACUUCCCGAAUGGUUCAAUCCAGACUUUUUCAAGUACGGGUUUGGUGAAUGGCCAGGAGGCUUGGCGCACAAUGCAUUCAAUGCGUCUGAGCUGGAGCCUUAUACCGGAAUAUUGAAUAUCAGCGACUACGUUGAGGAUUUACAAUACCCCCAGAUGCUGUCUUUGGCAUUGGACUAUGACACAGAAAUCAUGUGGUGCGACAUUGGGGGCCCCAAUAAGACAUUGGAAUUUGCUGCACAAUUCUACAACAAGGCGAUGCAGAGUGGUUAUCAGGUUAUCAUGAAUGAUCGCUGUGGUGCGGUCCCGGACUUUGACACACCGGAGUAUGCGACGUUUGGUUCCCUAUCCACUCGCCGCUGGGAGACGAGCGAAGGGAUGGACCCAUUCAGCUACGGUUUGAAUACUGCCACCAAUGCGAGCGAGUACAAGAACGGAACGACUAUCAUCCAAACACUGGUCGAUGUGGUGAGCAAGAACGGAAACUAUUUGCUCGAUGUCGGUCCCACCGCGGAGGGCGACAUCAUUGCACCGAUGGCAGACAACCUCCUCGCCGCCGGCAAAUGGUUGAAGUAUGCAGGCGACUGUGUAUAUGCAACAGAUUACUGGUAUCAAGCAUCUCAAGACCCGACAGGAUCAUUUAGAUUUCUCACCACUCCAAAGACAUUUUGUGUCAUUGCGUUCAACAAGCCGAGCGAUGGGCAAGUCACAGUAGACGCGGGUGGUGUGGCGCUGCCAAUUCAGAAGGGAGACAGCAUUGUACUGCUCGGACCCUCGAAGAAAGCGAAGAAUCUUAAGUGGGGCAUUGACAGGUCGGGUGUCUUGACCAUCAUGGUGCCUCAGGAUCAAGUCGACCAGGUUGAAUACGCCUGGGCAUUCCAGGUGACGUAUUCCGUAUGAGCGUAGGACCAAUUAAAUACAAGUUGUUAAACACCUUCAAA